GAAUUAGUAAUUGGCCAAAUCAGAGUUUUACAUCAAAGAUUCUCUACUAUUCGACCAAAGGAAUUGUGUACUAGAUCAAUGGUCAAAGAACGAUUCAACAAAAAGCAAGCGUAGACUUGAGCGUACCGGAUAAAUAUUACUGCAGCCUGUCAUUUUCACGUACAUUUGCUUCCCUCCUCAGUCCUUACUGACAGACUCACACUCCUUUUGUGAGUCGCUGGUUCACUGCUCUCGAAGCGGGACUGCCGAUAAUAAUCGCCGGUGGACGAUCUCCGCGCGAGCCUCGUCGUCAUACUCUUCUCUGUUUCCUUCGUGGUGAUCAUCGCUGCCUGACCGAGUCUACCUAGCACGGGAAUCUUCACAUUUUCAGGAAUAUGGCUACAUUGCCUAUUUUCUGCAUUUGCUAUACUUGAGUGGUUAUUCAAUUUCUGGAUUGGAAGCUUUGAUCAGCCACAGAUAUUUUGAUUUAGUCGCUUGGAAGAUGAGUUCUAGGGGAAAGGGUGGGAAGUCUCUUGCUUCUGGUACAAGUUCCACUCCAUCAAACAAGGGGAAGUCACCACAAACAUCCAAUCCCCAGUUUGAGCAAUUGAAUCAAGGUGUAGCAGAUAUUAAACUUGAUUCUCCAGAAGGUGAUGGUGACUGGGAGGUCUACUCAAAGAAGUCUAACAAGAACAAGGCAGGAAGCAGAGCAGCGAAUUCUUGGGGUACGCAAAAUUCUAACUCACAAUCUUGGGGGCAGAGAGAUGGGGGACAGCGAAAUAAUGGUGGAUCAAGAAGGGCGACGGGCAAUGCUCGGCCAAAUCAAGCAGUUGAGUCUUCAAGACCAACUGGCAGAGGAAAUGGAAAGUAUCAAGCGUCCAAUCAGAGCUUGGAGAAUUAUUGGGCUCCUCCACAAGCUGCUGUUCCCCCUCCGCUGGCGCAUGGUUGGAAUUGGCAAUCAAGGCCUGGCACAGUGAAAGAGUUGGAAGCGACACCAGAAAAGGAGCAGGAUGAUGCCAAUGAGCCAGCUGGUGUCGAUGAAGAAGAUGAAGACGACGACGGGGUGUUAGAUGAUAGUGAUGAUGAGCUUCUUAGUGAUGAUUAUGAUUCUGAUGUUAGUCAGAAGAGCUUUGAGACCCGUAAAAAGAGCCGCUGGUUUAAGAAGUUUUUUGAUAGUUUGGACAGCCUUAGACUAGAGGAGAUUGCUGAACCAGAAAGACAGUGGCACUGUCCAGCAUGCCAAGGUGGUCCAGGUUCAAUUGACUGGUUCAAAGGUCUGCAGCCCUUGAUGGCUCAUGCCAGAACAAAAGGAGCGAAACGAGUAAAGCUACACAGGGAGCUUGCUGAACUUCUGGAUGAGGAGUUGUCCAGGAGGGGAACUUCUGUUAUUCCUGCUGGUGAAGUUUUUGGCAAAUGGAAAGGGUUGAAGGAGGAAGAGAAAGACUACGAAAUAGUCUGGCCUCCUAUGGUUAUCAUUAUGAACACAAGGCUUGAUAAGGAUGACAAUGAAAAGUGGCUUGGCAUGGGCAACCAAGAGCUUCUUGAUUAUUUCAGAUCAUAUGCGGCUGUGAGGGCCAGGCAUUCUUAUGGGCCACAGGGUCACCGUGGCAUGAGUCUCCUCAUCUUCGAGGGCUCUUCAAGGGGUUAUUUUGAAGCGGCACGUUUGGACAGGCAUUUUGCAGACCAGGGAACAGAUAGGAACGCAUGGAAUAAUCAAAGGAGAAACUUGUUUUAUCCUGGUGGCAAGAGGCAGCUGUAUGGUUUCAUGGCAACAAAGGAAGAUAUGGACAUCUUCAAUCAGCAUUCUCAGGGUAAGGCAAAGUUGAAGUACGAGAUGAGGUCAUACAACGAGGCGGUGGUGCGAGACUAUAACCAAGUCUGCAAUGAUAAUGAGCAGCUUACAUUUUACAAGAGUAAAGUUAUAAAAGAACAGAGGAAUUCCAGAGCUCUUGCAGAAUCUCUUGGCACUGUCAGUGAGAAGCUGAGGAAGACAAUGGAGGAAAACCGCAUUGUAAGACAAAGAACCCAGAUAUAUCAUGAACAGAACAAAGAAGAGUUGGAUUUCCAAGAAGAAUUCUUCAAGGAUCAACUCAGAAUUAUCCAUGAAGAAAGGAAGGCAAAGGAAGAUGACUUUGAGAAUCGACAGCAGGAGGAGCGCAAGAAGGUGAAAGACCAGAGUUCAUAUGGGAAGGAGGAAUACAGAAGCAGGGUGGACGAGAUCUCAAAGUUCAUCCAGCUUCAGGAGAAAGAGAUGGAGGAGUUUGUGGAGGAGAGGGAGAAGCUGGUGAAACUACACGAGGACCGAAUCGCUGAUAUGAGGCGCAGACACUGGAAGGAAGAGGUUGAUCUGGAGAGAGACUUUGAUUCCCAGCUGGCCAAUCUGAUGAAAAAGUACAGCCCAGAAGUGAACGCCCAAGCAUGAGAUAUGAGUGUCCCACAAGUUGGAGUGACUUAGCUGUUAGUAGUAACUAGUUAAGUAGUAAAAUCCCAGCUAGGACCUCAGGUAUGUGGACGGAAGUAGUGGCUGCUUCAUUACAUUGCUUUUCUUUAGGGGAGAGCGAGGUAAUGUGCAUGUUUUGAUGAACGGGUAAAACUACGACGAACUCGUGUUAUCUGCGGCCUGAGGCUUGAAGGAAGUAGACAUAGUUAUGUUACCGGUUUGGUUCUCUCUCUGUGAUCGCUGCAAUUUGUUUUUAGCCAAUACCGCCAGCUGAUUGAUGGGAUCAAUUCGCGCCUUUUCUUUACGAGAGCAUUGUUCCCAUAGGUUAUUAAGAACAGUUAUUGAAACGAUGGAAUUUGAGGAAAAGGGAAGAGCACGACUGUCGUC